UAUUCAUGAGCAUGGACUGGAUCCUCCUUUUUGCUAGUGAUGUGGUACCUGUGUCUACCCAUCCUGGCAACGCUGAUAUCACUGGCGCUAUCCCUUCCCUUCCUCUCUUCUCUUUCUCUCCUCCGCCAGCCCCUGCGCAAUGGACUCAGUCAACAGUGGUCUGCUCAAUAGGCUCUGUCCUCUUAUUAUUCUCUCUUCGUUUGGUGUUAAUCUUUGCCAUCACUUUUUGUUACUCUCUUCAACUUUACACUUUGCUUCUGACGCUUGCUUCUGUUUCUGAACCACCUAUUCACUAUUGCCUUAGGCUCUCAGCAACUAACCUUACAUGGCAGAGGCACUUCUCUUUGCUUCCUACAUGAUUGAACCAAAGUAACAUGUACGAGGUGCUCAAGCCUCCUGUUCCCCCUUCCUUUCACCAAAAAGAAAAACAAAUUGCGGCAUAACCGUUAGUUGCGAGUUUCUUUCUUUCUUUUUUUUAUUGUCACGCUUUUGUCGUUGGUAUUGCACUAUCCCUACAUGCCACAUGGGACAGUCAUCUCUUCGCUUCUUUCCAUUCCUUCCUUCGCCCCCUAAUUAAUUGUAUGACAAUGACGAUGGUCUCCUUGCUGUGUAAAAGGCGCGGUUUUAUUAUAUUAUUAUAAUUAUCUGAUGCAAUUCCAACCAAACAGUUUUUGCAUAUUAAAUACAUCAAUCAGAUACUCUUUCUCCCAACCAUGAUCUUGAUGCUAACUAGAAUUUGCCCUCUACUUAGCUCUUUGAUCUCAUUUAGACAUUCACAUCCAUCCGCACAUUGCGGUUUAACGCGCACCUCUAUUAGAUCCACGCAUGUCCAUUGCGCCUUCCAUAUCUGCCAGCA